AUGAGAAUGAAAGGAGACAAGGAAUGUAAGAGAAGACUAAAGCCCCAAGCACUCCCCGGUGCCUUCAUCGAAACGCGUAAUAAGAACCCUUGGAAAGACACACCCAAGCAGCCACCACCAGGACCAAGAUGGCUGAGCUCGGAUGACUCGGAGGACGAAGAGGAGGAAUGGCCUUCGCUGCACAGAAAACACAAGACAAAACCCAGAGGUGAAUCACGAUUGAGAUCCCGCACCAGAACAUCAAAUCCAGCCAACCCGAAGAGUUCCAAAAAGGCAUCACGCUCCCGGUCCCGGUCAAGAUCGAGCAGAACAGACGAGGACAUCGAUAACCACCGCCCCAAACCCCACUACCCGCAGCUCAACACUAGGCCCAGGGCUCCAGGGAACAAGCCGGAGAACACAGAUCACACAAAGCUCAACACUAGGCCCAGGGCUCCAGGGAACAAGUCGGAGAAUACAGAUCACACAAAG